UUAGCUGUAGCUUUACGUUGGGUAUCGUUAUGGGACGGCUGUCCAAGGACAAACGGGAUAUCUACUAUAGACUUGCCAAGGAGGAGGGCUAUCGCGCGAGGAGUGCAUAUAAGCUCCUGCAGGUCGAUGAACAAUUUCAUAUCUUAACUGACGACCUUGAGCGAGUUGUAGAUUUAUGUGCUGCUCCUGGCAGUUGGAGUCAGGUCCUCAGCAAGAAGCUCUGCGAGAACCUGACAGGGUCUGAUGAUAAGAAAAAGCCGCUGAUAGUGUCAGUCGAUCUGCAAGAGAUGGCUCCUAUUCCUGAUGUUACUUGCAUACAGGGGGACAUCACCUCGGAGAAGACCGUCAAAGAGGUCCUGGAUUGUUUCGGUGGCCAGCUGUCAGAUUUGGUAGUAUGUGAUGGAGCCCCCGAUGUCACAGGCAUGCACGACAUGGAUGAGUACGUCCAGUUCCAACUGCUAUUGGCCGCCUUGAACAUCACUACACUACUCCUGAAGCCGGGCGGAAGCUUCGUAGCGAAAGUAUUCCGUGGGGAGAACGUAGAUCUACUUUACGCCAAGAUGUAUGUCUUCUUUGAGUGUGUUUGGGUAGCGAAGCCUCGGAGCAGCCGCAACAGCAGUGUCGAAUCCUUCAUAGUCUGCAAGAAUUUCCGGCUACCCAAGGGCUAUACCCCACGCCUCUAUAGUGCACACGAAUUCAAAACAGUGAUUGAGGCCUGUGGACCAACACAGGACGAGAAGCGACUGGUCCCGUUCGUGGCAUGUGGUGACCUCAGUGGCUACGACGCAGAUAUGAACUAUAGCGCUCCUACAGAUUCGAGUGAGCCCCUGGCACCAGUGCAACCUCCCAUCAACCCAGCCUAUGCUGACGCUAUUAAAGAGAAGAAGGAAUCUCAGAAUAAGAAGAGAGCGAAAUUGACGUGAACUACAA